UUCACAGUUUUGUUUGGGCGGUGAGCCGGAAAAGUUCUAAUCAUCGCAAAAAUGCUAAAAGUUCGCAGUGCUCUAUCAUUAAUUCAGUCGCAAAAAGCGACUCUCUCGCUCGCCACUCAAAAGCGCUGGCAAACUAAUGUGGCGACUGCAGAAGCUAGAGAGGAUUCGGAAUGGCUGCAGGCUAAGCCAUUUGAGCAGAUCCCUCGACUCAACAUGUGGGCAUUGUCGAUGAAAAUGUCCAUGCCGGGUGGGAAAUACAAGAACAUGGAACUGAUGGAGAUGUUUGAGGCGAUGAGACAGGACUACGGCGAUAUAUUCUUUAUGCCAGGUAUUAUGGGUAACCCACCAUUCCUAAGCACCCACAAUCCCCAGGACUUCGAGGUGGUAUUUCGCAACGAGGGUGUGUGGCCCAAUCGUCCAGGCAACUAUACAUUGCUCUACCACCGCGAGGAGUACAGGAAGGACUUCUACCAGGGCGUCAUGGGCGUCAUUCCGACGCAGGGCAAGCCAUGGGGCGACUUUAGAACCGUCGUUAAUCCCGUGCUUAUGCAGCCAAAAAAUGUGCGAUUGUAUUACAAGAAGAUGUCGCAAGUCAACCAGGAGUUUGUUCAGCGCAUUCUCGAACUGAGAGAUCCCGAUACUCUUGAGGCUCCCGACGACUUCAUAGACACCAUCAACCGCUGGACCUUGGAAUCCGUAUCCGUGGUGGCCCUGGAUAAGCAACUGGGUUUGCUCAAGAACUCAAAUAAGGAAAGCGAGGCCCUCAAGCUUUUCCACUACCUGGAUGAGUUCUUUAUAGUAUCCAUUGAUCUGGAAAUGAAGCCCUCGCCCUGGCGCUACAUUAAAACUCCCAAGUUGAAGCGAUUGAUGCGAGCUUUGGAUGGUAUUCAGGAAGUAACUCUGGCCUACGUUGAUGAGGCUAUAGAACGGCUGGAUAAGGAGGCCAAGGAGGGCGUGGUGCGUCCGGAGAAUGAACAAAGUGUGCUCGAGAAACUGCUGAAGGUAGACAGAAAGGUGGCCACUGUUAUGGCCAUGGAUAUGCUAAUGGCAGGAGUUGAUACGACAUCGAGCACCUUUACAGCACUAUUGCUGUGCCUUGCCAAGAAUCCCGAGAAGCAGGCCAGGCUCAGGGAGGAGGUGAUGAAGGUGCUGCCCAACAAGAAUUCCGAAUUCACUGAAGCAUCGAUGAAGAACGUUCCCUAUUUGCGUGCCUGCAUAAAGGAAUCCCAGCGAUUGCAUCCCCUGAUUGUGGGAAAUGCUCGCGUCCUUGCCAGAGAUGCUGUCCUCAGUGGAUACCGAGUGCCAGCUGGAACUUACGUGAACAUUGUUCCCCUGAAUGCCCUGACCAGGGAUGAGUACUUCCCACAGGCAUCUGAGUUCCUGCCGGAACGCUGGCUGCGAAGUCCCAAGGACUCGGAAUCGAAGUGUCCGGCAAAUGAACUGAAGUCAACGAAUCCAUUCGUAUUUCUGCCCUUCGGAUUUGGACCACGGAUGUGCGUGGGCAAACGCAUUGUGGAAAUGGAACUGGAAUUGGGUACCGCUCGUCUCAUUCGCAAUUUCAACGUGGAGUUCAAUUAUCCCACGGAGAAUGCGUUCCGAUCUGCAUUGAUCAACUUGCCAAACAUUCCGCUCAAGUUUAAAUUCAUCGAUUUACCAAACUAACCUAUAGAUAUUAAAAGCGAUAUACAGUCAUGGUC